AGCAGGCUCGUUCGGGGCGCUCGCUGGGCGGCCAUGGCGGCGCGGGAGCCGGGGCCGGGGCGGCUGCAGCGGCCCGCGCUGGCGCUGCUGGCGCUGGCCCUGUGCGCUCCCGGGGUGCGCGGCGGGGCGCUCGAGUGGUACUCGGCCGUGGUGGGCGUCGAGUACGUGGACCCGCAGUCGAACCUGACGGUGCGGAGCGUGUCCGAGAGCGGCCGCUUCGGCGACAGCUCGCCCAGGGAGGACAGGCAGGGCCCGGUGGGCAUCCCGCGCGCGGCCGGGGAAGAGGAGGGCUGCGCGCCCGACACGCGCUUCGCGGCGCCCGGCGGCCUCGGCGCCGAGCCCUGGGUCGCGCUGGUGGCGCGAGGCGGCUGCACCUUCAAGGACAAGGUGCUGGCGGCGGCGCGCAAGAACGCCUCGGCCGUGGUGGUGUACAACCAGGAGCGCUACGGCAACGCCACCGAGCCCAUGUCGCACGCGGGAACAGGAAAUACAGUUGUCAUUAUGAUUAGCUAUCCAAAAGGACGAGAAAUUUUUGAUCUGGUGCAAAAAGGAAUUCCAGUAAAGAUGACCAUAGGGAUUGGUACCCGCCAUAUGCAGGAAUUCAUCAGCGGUCAGUCUGUGGUGUUUGUGGCCAUUGCCUUCAUCACGAUGAUGAUUAUCUCGUUAGCAUGGCUGAUAUUCUAUUACAUACAGCGUUUCCUAUACACUGGCUCACAGUUUGGAAGUCAGAAUCAUAGAAAAGAAACUAAAAAAGUUAUUGGCCAGCUUCCACUACAUACCGUAAAGCAAGGAGAGAAGGGACUUGAUGUUGAUGCCGAAAACUGUGCAGUGUGUAUCGAAAACUUUAAAGGAAAGGACGUUAUCAGAAUCCUGCCGUGCAAGCAUAUUUUUCAUAGAAUAUGCAUUGACCCAUGGCUUUUGGAUCACCGAACGUGUCCAAUGUGUAAACUUGAUGUCAUCAAAGCCCUGGGAUAUUGGGGGGACCCUGAGGAUGCACAGGAGCUACCCACUCCAGAAGCUACCCCAGGAAGUGUUUCUAUUGGGAAUCUGAGUGUGACAGCCCAAGAUGAGGGCAGGGGUGCUGAAAGCAGCCUCCCAUCAUCUUCUUCCAGUGAGUCUGGGCCAAACCGCCCCUGUUUUAAAGAAGACGCAGGGGAAGACACAGCAUUGCUAGGGGCCGGCAGGAGUGACCCUCAGCGUGGAGGACCCAUCUGCUAGCACCCUCCCUGACAGACACCGACAGCCUUGGCUUGAACUACAGGACAUUUAAUUUUUUACUCUAGGGAAUAGUUUGUAUACUUGAAAACAGUGGAUAUUAUUUUACUUUACCUUUCAGAUUCAGAUUUGAUAUACAAAGGGCUGAGAUAUUUUAUUCCUAAAAAGACUUAAUUAGCCUUCAUCUAUUUAUCUACUAAAGUAUGAUGUAUAUCAUAAAUUUUGUUGCGUCAGACUGUCACAGAUGUGUGUGUGUGGGGUGUUUCUGAGUACUAGACUAGCUUCUGUGGUACUGUAAACCAAGAUUCUGUUUCUCAGGCUUCUAGACAAAGCUCACUAAGUUAUGUAGAAUUGUGUAAUAUAAUUCAGUAAUUGAUCAAAUGGACUUUCCCUGAAGCAGAGACUCUUUAGAACUUAUAAAAUGAGAAAUCUUGCCAUAGGCAGUGUUGCACACCUGUAAACCCAGCACUCAGGAGGCUUCAGCAAGAGGAUUUUGAGUUCAAGCCAAAAAGAAGGGAUUGAGGGGAGAGAGAAAUCAACUGUCUUGCACUAUAUUGUCCAUAGAGACUUUAAAACCAAGCGUACCUUUCUGUUGUUUGGAAUUGUGAAA